AUGGAGCUUCAGAACAGCAUAGAGGUGAUGGAGUUUGUGCUGUUGGGGCUGUCCCAGACCCGAGAGAUACAGCUCUUCCUCUUCAUCUUGUUCCUCAUCUUCUACUAUGUGAUCCUUCCAGCCAACAUCCUCAUCAUCCUCACCAUCCAGGGCAACCCUCACCUGGGCACCCCCAUGUAUUUCUUCCUAGCCAACCUGGCCUUCCUGGACAUCUGCUAUUGUUCCAUCACCCCCCCCCCAAAGAUGCUGGCUGACUUCUUCUCCUGCCACAAGACGAUCUCCUAUGGGGGCUGCAUGGCGCAGAUCUUCUUCAUCCACUUCCUGGGGGCAGCUGAGGUCUUCCUGCUCAUGGACAUGGCUUUUGAUAAGUACUUGGCCAUCUGCCAUCCCCUGCACUAUGCCAGCAUGCUGAGCAGGGAGGUCUUCUGUGCCCUGGUGGGGGCUGCUUGGGCUGCGGGCUUCACGCACUCCAUCCUCCAUGUGGUGUUGAUCAUCCAGCUCCCGUUCUGUGGCCCCAUUGAGCUGGACAAUUUCUUCUGUGACAUCAGCCAGGUGAUCAAGGUGACCUGCACUCAUGUCUACGUGCUGGAGUUCCUCAUGUUCUUCAACAGUGGCCUGGCCACUUUGAUGUGCUUCCUCCUAUUGCUCAUCUACUAUGGGGCAUUGCUGGUCCGGCUGCGGGUGGGCGACUCCUCAAAGGGGAUGAGCAAAGUCGCCUCCACCUGCAUCAGCCACAUAAUCAUCAUCUUCAUCAUGUUCAGCCCAGCCAUCUACAUCUACUGCCGGCCCUUCCGCAGCUCCCUGGACAAGGUGGUGGCCGUGUUCCAUACCGUGGUCUUCCCUCUCAUGAACCCCAUGAUCUAUACACUCAGGGACAAGGAGAUCAUGGCCUUGAAGAGGCUGCUGAGUAGACAUGGGCUCUGGGGAGGGAAAUAG